AUGUUCUCCCAUCUGCUAUUUCAGGGUACCCAAAGUAACGCAACCAAGGUUCCCAAAUUGGCGAUCAAGAUUGGAUUCUCGAAGAACGAAGAGCAAGAAAGAGCCUACCAAAAGCCCUACAUUAAACGAAGUCUCAGGCCUACCCUUGACAUGCCGGACAAUCUACACCCUGGCCAUUCUUUCCGCAGGUCAACAGAAGAUCCCCCCAAACCGGCCAUUUCUCACACAUCGUAA